GCUGGAGAACAUGGGUGAGAAGACCCUUCCGUACAAGAUCUCCAAACACAAUCUCAGGCACACAAGAGGAGGAUACUUUUUGGUUGACUUCAGCGCUUCUCCUACCAUCAUUCCUAAUAUGUUGGACCAUCUAGAAAGAGACAUUGAUGUGAUCCGACCCACAAUUCUAAAGAAGCUACCCCAGAAGACACAAGAAGAAUGUCCUGGUCUGGUCCCUCCUGACCACAAGGGAUAAUCCUUCUCCAAGAGUAAAUUAGCUUACAGGGUCACAUGUCCCUCUUUA